AUGUCGUCUCCUCCUCUACACGGGCUCUCUUCUGUUGGUCACCUCUCACGGGACCCGCCGCCUCGGUCAUGGAGCCCCCGGGACAAGUGCAGCUAUUUGGGCCUGUCUCACGGCAACCUGCGAGUCCACUACAAAGGUCAUGGGAAAACGUCAAAAGAUGCUGCUUCGGUGCGCUCAACACACCCAAUCCCAGCAGCUUGUGGAAUCUUUUACUUUGAAGUGAAGAUUAUAAGUAAAGGUAGAGAUGGAUAUAUGGGAAUUGGUCUCUCCACUCAGGGUGUCAAUCUGAACAGACUUCCAGGUUGGGACAAGCAUUCCUAUGGUUACCAUGGUGAUGAUGGGCAUUCGUUCUGUUCCUCUGGCACUGGGCAGCCAUACGGUCCAACUUUCACAACUGGUGACGUCAUCGGCUGUUGCGUCAACCUAAUCGACAACACCUGCUUCUAUACCAAGAAUGGACACAGUCUAGGCAUCGCAUUUACAGACCUCCCGCCAAACUUGUAUCCAACAGUGGGACUGCAGACCCCAGGAGAAGUAGUUGAUGCAAAUUUUGGACAAAGUCCCUUUGUGUUUGACAUAGAAGAUUACAUUCGAGAAUGGAGAUCCAAAAUACAGGCACAGAUUGAGAGGUUCCCUGUAGCAGGUGAAUGGCAAUCCAUGAUACAGAGGAUGGUUUCUUCAUAUCUUGUGCACCAUGGAUAUUGUUCUACAGCAGAAGCCUUUGCCAAAUCUACAGACCAGACUGUGCAGGAAGAAUUAGCAUCUAUUAAAAAUAGACAGAGAAUUCAGAAACUGGUAUUGUCAGGAAGAAUGGGAGAAGCCAUUGAAACAACACAACAAUUAUAUCCAAGUUUGCUAGAAAGAAAUCCUAAUCUUUUAUUCACCUUAAAAGUGCGACAGUUUAUAGAAAUGGUCAAUGGCACAGACAGUGAAGUAAGAUGUCUAGGAAAUCGCAGCCUCAAAUCUCCUGAUGGCUGCUUAGGUUCUGAUAGCAACUGCAGCAAUGGAAUAAUAUCAAACAAGGCUCACCAGACGCAUUGUCAUAGCAAAUCCCAGUCUUCUAACCUAAAUGUAACGGAACUUAACAGCAUAAACAUGACAAUGUCACAUCAACUUAACAGCUACUCCAGCAAUGAUGUAGAAAUGGAGACUGAUCAUUAUUCCAAUGGCUUUUCAGCAUCCACGUCCAAUGGCUUUCUCAAUGGCAGCUCAAGACAUGAGCCUGAACUGGAAGAAUGUGACACCGAGAUGGAAGUUGAUACCUCUCAUGGCCGACGUCAGCUGUGUGGAGGCAGCCAAGCCGCCGUUGAGAGAAUGAUUUGCUUUGGGAGAGAGCUUCAAGCCAUGAGCGAGCAAUUAAGGAGAGAACGUGGGAAAAAUGCAACCAACAAAAACAUGCUUAAGGAUGCUUUUAGUUUACUAGCAUAUUCUGAUCCCUGGAAUAGCCCAGUUGGGUACCAGCUUGACCCCAUCCAGAGAGAGCACGUGUGCUCCUCACUUAACAGUGCAAUACUAGAUAUCCACAAUUUGCCAAAGCAGCCCCCACUUUCCCUGGCAUUAGAACAGGCCUCUCAGUGCUUGGAGAUGAUGGCUCAGUGUGGCAUUGGUUCAUGUGCAUUUGCCAGGGUGGCGGAUUAUUUACACUAG